GUCGUCGUCGUCUACGCGCCCUGGUGCCAGUUCUGCCAGGCCAUGGAGGACGACUACGCCACAUUCGCCGACGAGAUGGCCAAGGAGGGCAUCACCGUCGCCAAGUACCGCGGCGACGAGGACCGCGAGUUCGUCACGGCCAACUUCAACACGGAGUCCUUCCCGACGAUCAACCUCGUCAAGGACGGCGUCGCCACGAAGUACGACUCCGAGGCCCGCGACGUCGAGUCCCUCAAGAAAUUC